ACUAAGAGAGGAGUUUAAAGCGAGGGAGGAAAUCCAGAAAUGGAAGACGAUGUGUCCUGAUCCACAUCUGAUCCUGCUGGCCAUUCGCUGUGACUCCCAUGAUCUUGACGCUGAUGUGAUGAGAUUCAACAAAUUCAGAAGAUUGUGGGGAGACAAUCUCAGAAGACGUCUUGUGGUGCUCUUCACAUUUGGAGACAAACUACAGAAGGACAUCGAUGAGCUUUUGGCUCGUUCUCAUCCUACUCUUCAGGACAUUUUGGACUGCGCUGGACAUCGUUACGUCAUCUUUGACAGUUCACUCGGUGCAAGCAAACAAGAUGGCCGUGUUCACCAAGUGUUUAACUUUGUUAAUGAGCUCAGACACGGAUUUAAUGUGAUGAUCAUCGGUAAAAGUAAGAGUGGUAAAAGCAGCCUGGGCAACUACCUUCUCAACACCGCCGCCUUCAGUGUCUCCCGUGGACCGACACCAUCCACUAUUCACACCGUGACGCGGUCAGCUGAGAUAGAUGGCGUGGCCAUCACAGUGACUGACACACCUGACGUGAGAAAUCUUGGUAUCGUCAAGAAGUCUGCCGAAGAAGAAAUAAAAAAAUGGUAUGCUUUUCACCCUGACAUCAUUUUGCUGGCCAUUCGAUGUGAUGUGUGCUAUUCAUCCGAGGAACACCAGAUAUAUCAGCAGAUUAAGAAAGUCUUGGGAGAGAAAUACCUCACGUCCCUAUUAAUAGUGGCCUUUACCUUUGGAGAUCGUCUGGGCAUAAACAUCGAUGAGGAACUAAAAGCAGUUUGUUCAGAGCUGAAAGAUGUACUUAAAGAGGCAGGACAUCGCUACAUUGUGUUCAGCAACGAGGAUCCAGUACAGGACAGGAAGAAACAGUUCAUGCGUCUUAGAGCGUUUGCCUUUAAUGAAGGUGCUCCAUUUGAAUGCAAUGAAAGGCACUCUGAGAGUACAAUUUCCAUCAAACCAACAGUUCAAGGAGCAUCAGAGACGCACCAUGGAGAAAUGCUCCAGCCCUUGAAGACUGUAAAAGUUUUGACAUGCGAAACAGAUCUUCAAAGUGGAAUCAGUGCUCAAUCAUAUGUUGAAACUUCUUAUUACGAGGGAUAUGAGAAGGAAAUGAAAGGAAAGUCAACAUUCUACGCCGGUAAUAAAACUGAUGUCACCUAUAAACAUUACAGUUUUGUAUAACUUAUAAGUAUUAAGGCACAAAUAUUGCUUAUUCCUUCCUAGAAAUUUAGUAUAUAUGUGUGCCAUCUCAUCUUAGUG